CUAGAGAGACCGGAAGCCGCUUCACGCUCCGACCGGAUGUUGGAGGGUGGCCGGAAAGCUUUACAGAGGGUCGGAGUCAUGAAGCCGGCGGUGGACGAGAUGUUCCCUGAGGGCGCGGGGCCUUACGUGGACCUCGACGAGGCUGGUGGAAGUACAGGUUUGUUGAUGGAUUUAGCUGCCAAUGAAAAGGCAGUACAUGCAGACUUCUUUAAUAAUUUUGAAGAUAUGUUUGAUGAUGAUGAUAUCCAGUGAAAUUCAACUUCCUGCUGUGCUAAAUACCUAAGUUUCUUGUAGAAACAGACUAUAUUCGUAACAAAAGAUAGGAAAAUGUGAAUAUUGUCUCCAAGCCAUGAAAGAGCACUUCAAAAUGGUUAAAGGUGGUUGAAGAGAAUUGUGGAGUUCUUUUCCUCUUAGAAUGCUUAGAUGUACAGUUGUGCAGGCUUGCUUCAUUAAAAUCUGAACAAAACCUCUCAUGUCUGAUUAUGCAGUUGACUACUGGUUGUUGCCCAUGGAAAUGUGGCUUUUUCUUAAUGUUAUUUGGAAUGUUGUAUGCAUAGGAUGUAACAUUUUUAGUAAAAUCCCCAACAAUAAAAAAUAAAAGCAAGUGGGAGGUUUUAACACCUCAAUCCUAAAUCCAUUUAUUUGUGAGUGACAUGUUGAAAGAUCAUUGGGACUAUACUUCCAAGUGUGUGCUUUCCUCACUCCCAGUUUAGCUAGGGAGCCUAGCAUAUUUGGCCAAUGAAAAUAUUCCUGUAGAAUAUGAGUAAAUCUUGUUUUAGAGCUUAUUUGGCUUCUUGCCAUUGUAUGGUUCUUUAUUUUGUAACUUAUUCUAACUACUGGAGGUUUGUGACAAGACUUUUCCAUAAAUACUGAAGAGUCUUUAUGGUGCAUUCAGAAUAUUUCCUCCAAAAUAGAGCAGAGUUUUUAGAUGAAUAUCUCAAUUGUGCUCGCGUUGCUUCCUCAGUCUGUGGGGAAGCUGGCUAUUUUCUUUGACACAUUCUAAAGCCACAUGCAGCACAUCAAAACACAAGCUCCAGUACAAUGGUGCUUGGUUUUCUUUGUGUAUAUUAAUCUGAGCUCUCAGCAAAGUGGAACGAAGUAUUAUUACCAAAAUCAGAAAUGCAGUGGUGAAUCUGAAAAUGAGGUCUCUGGGGGAAGAAUAAAAAAAUGCUUUUACAUUGAGUUAUCUGCCCACUUUCAUUAUAUGCAUCUAAUAUAAUAAACUUCACAUAGUAGAAUG